AUGGAUUGUGCUAGUCGAGCCCUGGCAUUCUGGACGUAUCAGACAACACAGGAGAUCUUCUACCAGGAACACUUAGGCAAGAUCUUGAAGGAUAAGUAUGGCCAGUUGAGUGCCGCUAUGGACAAGAUCAUCAACGAAGCCAAUACCGAGAUCUCUACUUUGCAAGACAAGAUCAACAAUUUCAGCAUCGACCAGCGAACAUUACAGGACAAGUAUGACGACCUGGCAAACCUGUAUCGUGAGAAGAGCAAGAAAGCAGCACAAGCCCAGCAAUUAUACGACGCUCUCAAGAAGAAGGUCUUGAUGCGCAGAGUCGAAACAGCUGCCUCCGCCGAUGCCAACCAGACCUUGCAAUCCAUCGACGCUCGUGGUGCGCUACCGACUCAUCAGGAUCAACAACCGAUGAUGGAGCGGCAUCAACCACAUUUUGACCCUCCGGAGCGUCACAUCAGAGAACACGAACAAGACGGUCACCAUGCGUCAGCCAUCAACAGCACGGUUACCCUUCGAAUAGGAGCAGUGAUUCUGGCCGCUUUGGUAACGCCAUGGGACCACCAUCUCGGACGGCAGCGAGACGACUCGGUCAAGGUACGGCAGUCAUGGGCACUCCCAUGCAACGCACCUCUCUGCCACUUGCGGCAAGAGGGACUGCGAAUCGAUCUCAGAUCCCAGUCAGUGCUGCGAGACAAGACUCUAGGCCACAUACCACCUCGAUGCACUAUGGUCAAGUCAAUCGACACAGCUUGGGCGGACGUGUCGAGAACCCACGUGCCGGUGCUGGCACGCCCGGUGGAUAUGGAAUGCUUGGAGGCAUGA